UUAAAUAGGGCCCCCAGGCCAGCCUCCUCACUUGCCUCUUUCUCCUGCACCACCUGCCCGGCUCAGCAGCUGCCCAGUUGCCUCAGCCCUGCAACCAUGCCCCGCAGUCUCCUAUGGCUGGGCCUCACCCUACUGGGGGCCCUGCAGACCCAGGCCCAGGACUCCACCCCAAACCUGAUCCCAGCCCCACCUCUGUCCAGGGUCCCGCUGCAGCCAAACUUCCAAGAUGACCAGUUCCAGGGGAAGUGGUAUGUCGUGGGCCUGGCAGGGAAUGCCAUUUCAAAGGAAGACAAAGAUUUUAAGAUGUACACCACCAACUACGAGCUGAAAGAAGACCGCAGCUACAAUGUCACCUCCACCCUGCUCAGGAACCAGCGCUGCGACUACUUUGUCAGAACUUUUGUCCAAACUUCCCAGCCCGGCCAGUUCAGCCUGGGCAACAUUAAGGCUUACCCUCCACUGCAGAGCUACACCGUGCGAGUGGCGGCCACCGACUACAACCAGUUCGCCACGGUGUUCUUCAAGAAGGUUUCCCAAAACCAGGAGUACUUCAAGAUCACCCUCUACGGAAGGACCAAGGAGCUGCCCCCUGAGCUGAAGGAGAACUUCAUCCGCUUUGUCAAAUCCCUGGGCCUCACCGAUGACAACAUCGUCUUCCCUGUCCCAAUCGACAAGUGCAUCGAUGACCAGUGAGCAGGUGGUGCCUCCUCUUCCUCCUUCCCGUUGCCUUCAUCUCCGCCUCCGCCCAAGGUGCCACCCAGCUGCCCCCAUGAGCCGGACGCCACUGAGAGCCAGGACCCUCUCACAGUGCAGCCCAGCGCUGCUCCCAGGCCACCCUGCUGAUGGAGUUGCUCCUUGUCUGCUAAAUAAACACAUGCCCCAGCC